GUUUGCUCCUCAGAAAAUUUCUAACCCUUUGUCUUCACAUUUCGGGACGAUUUCCUGCGGCAUUUCCUGCCACGACCUUCAGUCAAGGCGAGAUCAUGGGCAAGAAGCGCGUGCUUGUGAGCUACGGAGUGGACAUUGACGCUGUCGCUGGAUGGCUGGGCUCGUAUGGAGGAGAGGAUUCGACGAGCGAUAUCAGCAGAGGCCUCUGGGCUGGAACCGUAGGCACACAGCGGCUGCUUAAACUCUUCAGAAAGUACAACAUCAAGGCGACGUGGUUCAUUCCAGGCCACUCACUCGAGACGUUUCCUGAGGACUGCGCUGCCGUGCGUGACGCGGGUCAUGAAAUCGGUCUUCAUGGCUACUCCCACGAGAAUCCUGUCGACAUGACUUUCGAGCAGCAGCGCGAUGUGCUGGAUAAAACCUACAAGAUGCUCACCAAAUUCUGUGGUAAGCCGCCCCGGGGCAGCGUUGCACCGUGGUGGGAGACCUCCCAAGAGGGCUGUGAGCUGCUGCUCAGCUAUGGCAUCGAGUACGACCACAGCAUGUCGCACGAGGACCAUCGCUGUUACUGGCUCCGUACUGGCGACCAGUGGACCAAGAUUGAUUAUAGUAAGAACGCUGCUGAUUGGAUGAAACCGCUGGUGAGGGGCCAGGAGACUGGUUUGGUUGAAAUCCCUGGGAGCUGGUACAUCGAUGACUUGCCACCCAUGAUGUUUAUGAAGAAAGCUCCAAAUAGUCAUGGAUGGGUGAAUCCGAGAGAUGUCGAGGAUAUUUGGAAAGACCACUUCGACUACUUCUACCGGGAGUACGACGAGUUCAUCUUUCCGAUGACAAUCCAUCCUGACGUCUCUGGCCGGCCACAUGUCCUCCUCAUGCACGAGAGGAUCAUCGAGCACAUUAACAAACAUGAAGGGGUAGAGUGGGUGACGAUGGAGCAGAUGUGUGACGAUUUUAAGAGUAGGAACAAGCCCCCAGUAGGCGCAAUGAUGCCAGCACCACCGGGCGAGAUCUUGAAGAAGCAGGUCGAGGGCAAGGCUUGAGCAUACAGCAGAGCAACUUCCAGUCGACAGUAGAG